AUGCAGCAUCCCGUACAAGAUACUACAUAUAAUGAGCAGGGAGCACCUGCAACCGACGGAGGCCCGAGGGCCACCGGCGGAUUCCUUCGCCGGCCUCGCCAUCGAGAUGGGCGAGCCCCGCGCGACGACUUCGAGCGCGAAAUCUACACCGAAGUCCUCGCGCGCGCCUACGCCCAAAUCCUCGCCCGGGAGAACCUCGAGUCCGACCUGGAAGAACGAGGCAUCGAGCUCUCGCACAUCGAAGGUGACGGCGCGCUCAAGCCGCGCAUGGGCAACAUGUGGGCGCUCGAGCACGACGCCUACCAGGCGGUGUACGCAAACGCAUUUGCCCAGUUCCUGGCUCAGGAGGCGUUCGAGGAGGAGGAGGCGGAGGGAUUCAGACGAGGAGGACCGGCUGAGGUCGAGUUCGCCGAUGGGUCGGCUAUGGACAUCUCGUUCCAUGGAACGGUAGACCCUAUGGAGUGCGAGGUGGCCGAGGGUCCUGCUGGCAUGCCGGUGUCGAUUCUCGCAGGACUUGACCACGUCGACGAGGAGCCGAUGGAUGUCGACUUACCCCAUGAAGCUGACGACGUCGGUGACAUCGACAUCCACGACGCGUCGAUGACGUCGAUGGCCCCUUUCGACUUUGCCCAGCCUGCCCAUCCCUUACACGGUAUACUCGGCGCAUUUGGCAACAUCAGCCUGUGGUCAAACGACGAAGUGGACGCGCACCUUGACUGA